CAGUUAACCAGCAACAAUUAAGGAUAAUUACAUCAUCUUCACUGGGAGAAAUCAACACUCUGAUUGGAGUUAAAUUAAAUCUCAAGAGAUGUAACAAUCUACAAAAUCAAUUUAUCCUCUAAUCCAAUGAUUUCUGUUAAUUAAACUAACCCUUUUAUGAUCAUUAUCAAGACAAUUAUCAUCGCUAUCAAAUUAAGGUUUAAUUAACCACAAAAAGUGAAAACUUUGUCCGUUUAUAUACAAAAAGAGGAAGCAAAUUAAGUAACUAAAUAAGCUAUUGGAAUGAUGGAUUGAACAAUUGUAAAGAUGUAAAAUCAAGUUAAACAAUUAGAGAAGUAACUCUUUCGUAAAUCAAGAUAUAUAUUCUGGUCUAACAAUCAACCACGGAAGUGAUUAAGUGGCCUGUUGAUUGUGUUGGUCACUCACGAUGAUUUCGCCUUGAUGGUUAAAUGUAUAUACAAGUUGACCAUUAACUCAAACCAUUAGUUUACCAAGCCUAAUUUACUAACCAAUAGACAACAAUCAAAAAUCAUAUUCACGGUGAAUUACAGUUAAUUGUAAAAAGUUUUCUGUGUUUUAAAUCAUUUGGCAACAAGGAAACAACAAUCAAGUAACAACAAUCAGUAACCAUAAUUAACUAAUCACCAUUUACAUCAACAUUGAACUUUUAUCAACAAUCAUUUCCAUAAGCAUUUGUGUGUAUUCAUCUUCAACCUUUUCAAAGUUUGCCAACAAUUAACUGAUCAACUGUACAGUUAAUCACAACAAUCAAGAUCUUAAUCUCUGUUCAUCGAUUAGGAGCCAUUUUCUUUUACCAUAGAGUAUCAGUCAGGAACAAAUUAAUCAAAAGAUGCCAAUCAAAUGCGACCUAAUUGUUUGAUAUGACAAACAAACAACAUCCACCGGAUUAAUCUUAAUUGUAGCCAUUAAAUUAUCAUCAUUGUCAACAUUUAUUACCUGUUAAUUGUUAAAAGAAAAGCAAACUGUAGACAAUCAUCAGAAUAGUGUAAACCAUCAUGAUCAUUAUAAUCUUCAUGAUGAUGAUGAUGAUGAUCAACAGCAACAAUUAACAAACACGAGCUGAUAAUUCAAUGAAUCAUUAUGAAUGCUUGGUGAUUGUGUAUCACCAGGUUGACAUUUUUGUUUGUUAACUUUUUUCAUACAAUAAUUAAUGUUUACAAACUGUAUUUAGAUGAUUUAAUGAGCCUACAGGGUGGUAACAACUCCAAUACAAGUGACACCUUACAAACCAUAUCCAUCCAAGUAGCUAUUUUUAUAUUAUCAUCCUGUUAUUUUCAUCCCCUCAAUGAAUUCCCUCAUCAUCAUCUUUCAUCCUCAUCUUCAAUCUCACUCUUGUAAAUGUUUUUCUUCAAGAUAAACUGGUUCUCAGUCUUGAUUAACUUUCUGAAAGGUUCAUUACUUAUCAUUCAUAUUACAUGAUAACCUGGCAACUAUUAUACACACUUAAUUAUUAUCUUUUCAACUCUCAAGCUUCAUUGAUGAACAACAAUUGGAUUAGAAAACGUUUUUUUCAUUCAUCAGUGUUUUUGGUGAUCUACUGUUAAUUGUUAUCGUUGAUUAUCAACUGACUUUUGAAGGUUUUUACACCAAACGGACAACAAAAGUCAAAGCGAUUCAGGAAUCAUCAUCAUCAUCAUUUCAUCAUCAAUUGACCAAUACUUUGAUUUGUUGUCCAUUAAUUGUGAUUGUUACAUGAUAAUGGUAAUAACAAUAAUCUGCUAAUUACUUUCCAUCAUUCCAGUUAGUUAUUGAUGUGUAUUCAUGUUGUCUUUGAAUAUUGUGUCUAAUCAUCAUCUCAUAUUAUUGAUUAUUAUUACAAUCAAAGUGUUUAAUUGUGCUUAAAGUGGUUUACAAACGUGAAAAUUAAUCAACAAUCUCACAAUAUAAUCUUUAAUUAUUAACCAUUUGAGAUUGAAGGGAUUGUACAACAAUGGAUGAUAUAAGAAAAUUAAAUGAAAAUAUGAGAAAAAGUAUCAACAAUUUAUAUCAAAAUGUUCACGAAUAUUGGACCAGUCGAAUCGCUCCUCACUUCAAGAAACGUACCAAUGAAGUAAAUCCGACCCGUGGACCUGAAGCAAAGACAAAUACAUUGACCCGUCCAAACGUUGAUCGGACACCGGUCACUCCACCACCUCUAUUACGGAUAAUUAUGGUUGGAUCUGGAGGUGUAGGUAAAUCAGCAUUGACAUUACAAUUUCUCUACGAUGAGUUUGUUGAAGAUUAUGAGCCGACCAAAGCUGAUACUUAUCGAAAACAGGCUCAUGUAGAUGACGAAACUGUUAUGGUCGAUAUACUGGACACCGCUGGUCAAGAAGAUUAUGCAGCGAUACGAGACAAUUACUUCCGCUCGGGUGAAGGUUUUCUUUGUGUUUUCUCAAUAACGGAAAGUGAAUCUUUCGCUGCCACACACGAAUUUCGUGAACAAAUACUUCGAGUUAAAGGUGAUGAAUCAUCGAUACCUUUUCUUCUGGUCGGAAAUAAGGCCGAUCUUGAUGAGAAGCGAAAUGUGUCCAAAGAAGAGGCUCAAGCGUUAGCCGAUUCCUGGAAUGUGCCAUAUCUUGAAACAAGUGCUAAGACUCGCGCCAACGUCGAUACGAUAUUUUAUUACCUAAUGAAAGAGAUUUACAAAAAGAAACGAACUCAAUCAACCACAAAUCCAACAAUUAACAAUAAGAAUGAUAAAAAGAAAAGGAAAACCGUUUGUAACAUUUUUUAGAGCAAAAAUUUGUGGUCAUUUUUUGCUCCAUCCUUCCGACAAUUAAGACUAUGAAAUUAACAUUAAUCAAGAGAGAAAGUUUAAUUGGGAUGCUAAUUGUUUCUUUUUGUAUUAUUUUCUAUUAGUAAUUCAACAAAUUAGCAUUCCCUCGUUAAUUGCUUUUCUCUGUCAUUUCAUUUAUCCAUUCAUAUCCUAGCAAAAAGUUUCAUUGAAAAUCAAUUGUUUCAAAAUCUCUCAUGUAAAUAAAUCAUUAAAAUUACUUUUCAAAUAAUUGAAUUCAAUUUCUAAUUGUUGAUCUAAUUAAUUUCCUUCCAACUCCCAAAGACAACUAUUCAUUUCUCAUCAAUAAAACGAUCAUUAUACUCA